AAAGGCUAUGCGUAUGCGUGAAAAAAAAGCGAACUAUACUUUAGGUUUAACGGUCGCUUAGAAGAACCGACUCGUUCGCGCGAGUCGACAGUUAACGUACAUUGUUCAAAUAAAAAAGAUCCGGCUCUUUCACGAACGACGUAUAUCGACUCUACUGAGGAGCAGGUAUUACAAUUCGGCAAGUGCAUUUAUGUUAUGAUUUGGGAUUUGGAACUACUUAUUAUGAACCAGAUCUUAGUAACACCACCACGGGGACGUACAUAUUUACUAAAACUCCAAGAAAAGAAAGACUAGUGACGGAAUUUGAGAAUAUCGGAGAGUUCAAAGUGGAAGCGUGAGAGUGACUUAAAGAAGCAUCGUCAUGGCGAAAGCUUUGGAGGACACCAGUGUGCUGGAGGAAGAGCUGACCUGCCCUGUGUGCCUAGACCUUUAUCGAGAACCCCACCUGUUGCCAUGUGGCCACAACUUCUGCCUGCAGUGUCUGCGGAGGCUGAAGAGCCGUUCAGAGCGUGGCCGUCUGCGCUGCCCUGAAUGCCGUGAGAGCCACCGCUGCUCCAAGCAAUGGCAGAAGAACUUCAAACUUGCCAGCAUCGCUGAUGGCUUUAGGCAACGCAACCGCACCCAGCGGCCCAGCCAGAGCCGACCAGGACCCUCAUACAGGACUGCUGAGGUGCGCUGUGAUUAUUGUGGUCCGGACAUCACCGGUGAUUCAGCCAAGAGAUACACAGCGGUGAAGACGUGUCUGAAGUGUGAGGUGUCCAUGUGUCCAGAGCAUGUGCAGCACCACCUUGAGCUCCCUGCCUUCCGCGAGCAUCCGCUGGUAGAGCCACUGAGCGACAUGAGGAAGAGAAAGUGCAUAGAGCAUGACGAGAUGUUUCGAUAUUACUGUAUGGAUGAGCGCAAGUUCCUGUGCAAUGCAUGCACCAUUGAGGGAGGUCACAACAGGCAUGCUAUCAAAACGCUCAAGAAUACCAUGAAGGACCUGCGGGCAUCUCUGGACACACAACUACAGAAGGUGAACAGGAAGAUCAGAAGAGUAGAGAAAAAUGUAAAGGAGCAAAGAGAGGUGGAACAGCAAAACAAGGCCUUCCUGGAGGAAGUGGACAAGCAAGUGGACACCCUUCGAGGGGUUCUGAUGACCAGGCUGGAUGGAUUCCUGUCAUCGCUGAGUGAGGGCGUGCGUGCCUAUGAAGGGGAGAACAGCCUCAACAUCCAGCAGGGCGUGGUGCAAACUGAAGAGGACCGCAAUCGCCUGGGAGUUGUCCACGCAGGCAUCGAGCAGCUACUACAGGAGAAUGACCCAUUCCAGUUCAUUAAGGAAUAUAUGUCAUGUGCCAAAAGUUACCGCAGGCUUCUGAAAAGGCCACUGUUUCAGCCACAUGCUGUGACAAUGGAUACAGAGGUCAUUGAGGAAUGUAUGGAAGGAAAACUGGAGGAUUUUAUGACUGAUCUGCGGGAACACAUCACCACAUUGAUUAACACUGUCUGUAAAGGUGAUGAGGUAGAUGAAGGAGAUGAGGGAGUGGAAGAGGAGGAAGAGGAAGAUAACAGCGAAGAAAAUGAAGAUGAAAAUGAUAGCAGCAAUGAAGAGGAAGAGCAAGAGGAGGAGAUGAGCAAUGAUGAGGAAGACUCUGACCACAGCGAGUCUACUUAUGACUACACCCCAGAGGAGGAAGAGGAAGAGGAGGAUGAGUGAUGCUAUCCUCACUGAGCCUUCCCCGCACUUGUAAGCACUUUGAUUAAAAGUGAUUGCUUCUGUACCUUAUUUCAUUACUUUUUGAUAACCAAAAAUGCAUUAAUAUCUCUAAAUACUUAGUAAGAAUUUCUAUCCCAGGCUGGCCAAUAGGGAAUCGCGAUGUGCGCUCAUCUAAAUUACUUGAUACUUUACUUGAUACUGUGAAUUCAACCUGGAGUCUGAUAGUGAUUAACAUCUUUGCUUUAAGAAAAUAAUAUUAAACAUUGAUGUAUACAGCAUUUUUGAUAGAACUGCAGUUGUAUAAAAAUAAACAACAAAAAAGUGUUUUGAUACUACUGUGUGUGUGUGUGUGUGUGUGUGUGUGUGUGUGUGUGUGUGUGUAAUAAUUUGUAGUUGUGUAUCUGAACUGCCCUUUCAGGAUGAAUGUGUUGGUGUAAUAUAAAAUGAGCCUUGUUUCUAAUUCAAGCACUGAAUGUAAUUGCGUGUUUUUUUUUCUUCUUCUACAUUUCUAAAUCUGUAGCAAGCUAAUUUUUGCAUUAAAAUAAAUAUAUACUGGG